GGUGUUGUUGUGUGGAGGAGGCGGGGCUUCCCUCAGCAGCAGCAGCACACAGAGGAGCAGACCGUGCAGAGUGACAGGGCGUUAUCUUUACAUGAUUAAAACACUGAACGGAGAGGAACACACUCACCGACCCACAGGAACACAUCUCAAACAUCCAGUCCGUCAUGGAGUCCUAUGACAUCUUAGCUAACCAGCCGGUUGUGAUUGAUAAUGGUUCAGGGGUCAUCAAGGCUGGGUUUGCAGGAGACCAGAUCCCCAAAUACUGCUUCCCUAACUAUGUGGGACGUCCCAAGCAUGUGCGCGUGAUGGCAGGAGCCCUGGAGGGAGACCUCUUCAUCGGACCCAAGGCUGAGGAGCACAGGGGCCUGUUGUCGGUUCGAUACCCGAUGGAGCACGGCAUCGUGAAGGACUGGAACGACAUGGAGCGAAUCUGGCAGUACGUUUACUCCAAGGAGCAGCUGCAGACUUUCUCCGAGGAGCAUCCUGUGCUGCUAACCGAAGCUCCACUCAACCCCAGCAAGAACAGAGAGAAGGCUGCAGAGGUGUUCUUUGAGACCUUCAACGUCCCCGCGCUCUUCAUCUCCAUGCAGGCGGUCCUCAGCUUGUACGCCACAGGUCGUACCACCGGUGUGGUGCUGGACUCCGGGGACGGCGUCACUCACGUGGUGCCCAUCUACGAAGGCUUUGCCAUCCCACACUCCAUCAUGCGCGUGGACAUCGCAGGGAGAGACGUGUCCCGGUACCUGCGUCUGCUGCUGCGCAAAGAAGGCUACAACUUCAACACGUCUGCAGAGUUCGAGGUCGUGCGCACCGUCAAAGAGAGAGCCUGCUAUCUCUCCCUCAACCCACAGAAGGAUGAGACCCUAGAAACAGAGAAGGCUCAGUACGUCCUCCCUGAUGGAAGCACUUUAAACAUCGGUCCGGCCCGGUUCAGAGCUCCAGAGCUGCUCUUCAGACCCGACCUGAUCGGAGACGAGAGCUCGGGGAUCCACGAGGUCCUGGCCUACGCCAUCCAGAAGUCUGACAUGGACCUGCGACGCACACUCUUCUCCACCAUCGUGCUGUGUGGAGGAUCCACGCUGAUCAAAGGAUUUGGGGAGCGACUACUAACUGAGGUUAAGAAGCUGGCGCCCAAAGACGUGAAGAUCAAGAUCUCUGCUCCCCAGGAGAGGCUGUACUCCACAUGGAUCGGCGGCUCCAUCCUGGCAUCGUUGGACACCUUUAAGAAGAUGUGGGUGUCGAAGCGGGAAUAUGAAGAAGACAGAGCACGUGCCAUCCACAGGAAGACCUUCUAGAGAGGGGAGCAGGCGUCCUGCUAAUGCCCCCAGAACUGCCCUCAAACCCCCCCCUUCCUCCCCCCCGUCAUCAUACUGUCGGAGAUUCUCCUGCACCUUCAUCUCCGGUACCUCUGCAUCAUCUUUAUCUAAACCUGCUGUCAGCCUUCUGCUUUCCCUCCCCUCCUCCCCCCCCUGCCCAGAGAAACACACGUUUGUGUGUGCAGGUCUCCAUAUUUACCUCCUUUUAUUGGCCUCCUGUUCUUCCUGCUGCAGGGUGACGAUGGCGGCACCCUGUUACCCCCCCCUCCCAAAACAUCCACACACACCCACAGACAGAGGGCCGUCAGGGUAUCUGAGAGGGCAGAUCAUAGCACUGUGGACUCCUCCUGCAGGCCAUGCUACUUUACUUUCAGUUAGUCCUCGUUGAAGUAUUGCUCUCUCGCCUGCAGCAGCAGCAGCAGCAGCCCUGCGAGGUGUAGAAUAUCAUGACAUGUCAAUAAACAUGAAUGUUUUUCUUUUUUUUGCUACUGUUGAAAUCUCCAUUCCAGACCGAAGAUUUAGAUUUUUAUUUGAUGUCCGUUUUUGUCGACUGUCUGUCUGUUUCUGACACGAGUUAGCUGACGCAGAGCGGAGGUGUUCAGUCCUGCAGAGAGGAGGAGUAGAGCGCAGGUGAAAAAAAGGAACCACUGUAUUAUAUAUCUGGCCUCAACUGCACACUGACUGCAGUUAAUUUAUCACCCGACUGAUUGGAUUCUCUUUCUCUGUCAUUAUUACCAAUGAAAUGUUUCUACAUGAACAUGCCGUCACGUGUUUGUGUCGAUGAGGAAAAUGUUCAGUCAUUGAGUCGGCCUUUUUGUUUUUCAGCUGACGGGAUUAAAAAACAACAAAGUGUAGAAAA